AUGGUAGCCAUUCAUGAAACGCUUAAAAAACAUAUCAUUGAGGCCAUAAGAACAGCAGAAGUGCAAGGAGGAUGGAAAGUUGUUGUGGUAGAUGAACCUGCACUCAAGAUUUUAGAAUCAGCUUGUAAGACGUUCGACAUUCUCGAAGAGAAAGUCACCUUGGUAGAAGAGCUAGAAAAAACUCGUCAAACUUACCCCCUUGAGGCAGUAUAUAUUAUUACUCCUUUGUCGGAAUCCAUUUCUAAAGUAAUUGAGGAUUUUACUAGGAAUCCACCUUUGUAUACUGGAGCGCAUGUUUUUCUUACUUCGCCCCCUGAACGUUCGGACUAUGAUAGGCUAAUGAGAUUAAUUCCUAAAGAUUUAUUUAAAGCAUAUAAAGAGCUUUUUAUUGAAUUUCAUGCCCGAGAGGCGCAAGUUUAUUCAUUCGAAUCCCCUAAAAGUUUCUUCCGAUUGUAUUCACCGGUAGACAACGCAAUUUAUGAUGCUGAACUGAACAAACUUGCAAAACAACUUCUUUCCGUUUGUGUUUCGCUAGGAGAAAAUCCUUUGAUUCGUUAUCAGAAAGGAAAUGAUCUCGAUCCUGAUUAUGCGAACAAAUCAUUACCUUUUAAAUUGGCUCAAUUGGUACAAGCUGAGUUGGAUAAUUAUACAAGAAUGAAAAAGCAUAUCGCGCCUGGAAGUGUUCCUCUAGAAAUACAACGCAAGCGAUCUGUUUUAUUUAUUUUGGAUCGGACCGUUGAUCUGUACACUCCAAUAUUACAUGAAUUCACCUAUCAGGCCAUGGCUAACGACCUUUUGCCAAUUGUAAACGGUCAAAAAUACACGUAUAGCUACGUCGAUGAUGAGGGUGCUCCGGCAGAUAAGGAUGCUAUGUUAGACGAAACUGAUACUAUAUGGGUUGGUAUACGGCAUAAACACAUGAAGGACUGCAUCGAGCAACUUAUGAAAGAUUUCAACAAAUUUUUGGUAGAAAAUGCAGGCUUUAAUGACAAAGAUAAAGCUGCAAAUUUGAAUGAUAUAAAAAAAAUGUUGGCAACCUUACCUCAAUUCACAAAUAUGAAGGAAAAGUAUUCAGUUCAUUUGAGUAUUGCACAAGAAUGUAUGAGCGUGUUUGAUAAAGAAAAGCUUGCUGAAGUAGCCACAGUUGAACAGAAUUGCGCUACUGGAUAUACGUCAGAUUCUCAACCUCCUAAAACAUUAAUGGAAGAUAUGAUUCCAAUAUUAGAUAACCCUGUCAUUAGUUCGAGUACCAAAGUAAGAAUGCUCAUGCUUUAUAUAAUGUAUAAGCGUGGUAUUCCGGAGGAAGACCGAGUUAAGCUGUUGAAUCAUGCUAGGAUUUCAAUGCAACAGAACGAAUCUAUCAAUAAUUUAGAAUUUUUCGGUGAAAAGUUAAUAAGGACAAAAACCAAAACGGGCACUCCCAAAAAGAAAAAAUAUAGACAACAACAAGGAGAUGAUAUUCAUUAUGAAUUCUCUCGAUAUGUCCCUAGGUUAAAGCAUGUUUUGGAGAAUCAUAUCAAUAAAAACCUAGAUGCUGCUGCGUAUCCAUAUACAAAGGAUCCAGCGGGUGGUCCAGAUGGUAAUAAAUCUUCGGGGUCUGAAUUAAGAAGUCUUCGACCUACAUGGUACAUGAAAGGCCAGGAGGCCAAAAAUCCCCGUAUAAUAGUUUUUAUAGCCGGUGGUGUGUCAUAUUCAGAACUCCGGACCGCAUAUGAAAUCACCGAAAAACAUCGUCAAGAUGUCAUUAUUGGUUCAACGCAUAUCAUAACUCCUCAGAAAUUCGUUGAAGAUAUGUCGCAACUUCGUAAACCGCCUACGUUGUCCUAUUCACCACCAAAGUCAAGACCAUUACCCGCUCCUCCGAAUGUACCAACCAAUCCAAAUUAUAAACAAUAUAAUAACUAUCAAAAACAAGGAAAUUAUCCUUACAAUCAAUCAAAUACUGGUUAUCAACAAGGCUAUCCGCCAUAUAUGAAUCCGAAGCCAUGA